UUCGGUCUGUAACUGGCCCAAAAUGGCUAACAGAUGCAUUUUGUGACCUUGAAAAGCUCAAGAAAAGUUUCUGGUUUUGUGAUGUAUUCAGAUUUUUAUAGUCGGUGCAUCUGCAGCCGUUAAAAGGGAUGUAAAUUUCUAAGCUAGGUAUGUGAAAGGCGCUGACCAUUUGUCAUUAGAGGGUAUAUAAAAAGGGGUACCUUUUCAGUCAAAAAUGAUAUAUACAAGGGUAAGGGGUUGGAAAUCCGGUCUAGUGAGCUUAGCAAUCCUCCCCAGAGCAACCAUAAAUCAACAGUACACGCUAAAGCGUUUACCAUGUGUCUACCGUGUGUUUUAUAACAUAAAUUUUAUAGAAAACUUUUGAAUUUGUUAACCGAUAGUAAGAAAAUGAGGUGAGCGUUGUUUUUGUUGUCAUCUGCGCGAGAUCUGCAGGGUGUGGCGUGUGCUAACAAUUCUUGGAAAAGUUUUUCGCGUCUCUACUACGCCUCUCUCGUGCUCUCCAAACUUCGCGCAUCCUUCAUAUCUCGACAUACGCACGCUGACGCAUAAACCAAUUGUUAAUUAUUCAUUCAUUUUUAUCUGUAGAACGCAGACAUGGCAGGAGCACCAGUAACUAUAACGGAAGAACGUGAAAAGGUGUUGGAUUUUAGCGUUCCUUUCAUGUACAACACAGAGGAUUUGAUCAUGAAGAAGCCUUCGUCUGGAAACAAAGCAGUAGACUUGUUACAAUUUAUGACCCCGUUUGAAAAUGUGGUUUGGGUUUGUACUCUAGCGACCUUGGUGAUCAUCUCUGUCGCAAUAUUUGUAUUAAACUACUACAGUCCCGAAGCUGGUGAAGGCACUUCGGACAAAAUCAGCUUUUUCGACAGUAUGUGGUUUGCAUUAGCUUGUAUGCUGCAGCAAGGUGGUGAUAACACACCAAGAAGUUUGUCAGGUAGGGAAAAAAAACCCAUUUUUUGGUAGAUUUUAAAUAUCUACUGCUUCAGUUAAUGCGUCAACUUUUCAACUUUUGAAUCCCUUUUUAGAGGCAAAUAUACUUUUAAUGGACUCAAAGUGGAAUAAACAUGAAUGUCUUUGUAAGGUCGAAGCGUCAAAGAAAAAAGGCCCCGUGUAUAUGAAGAAAAGCUGCCCGGCCUGGUAAUUAAAGAAGGUCACCCUCCCAGCCGACUCAGCUUUAUCCAGUCUUUAUAUAGGGAAAAUGUUAACCCCCGCACUUUUGCCCGAGUCAACAGUGCUUAGCUUGCACAUGCUCUGAUUGUCUCGCCAAGUCUCGCUUAGUCGAGCCAACUUUUUUUUUGUCAUGUAAACGAUUUGCUUAGUUUUGUAAGGAAAUGUAGGAAAUGUUGGCUCGCCCGGGGUAGCUCGGGUUGGCAAGUAACCCUCCUACCUGUGGGACAACUUUUCUCCAUGUAAAAAGGGGGCCUAGUCGUCCCUGUCAGUUCUAAGAAAAGCUACCUUACUCAGUUUUCUUAGAAUUUCACCGUACAAAUUUCAUGCCCCAUAGACUCCUCUGGUCACUUCAGGCUGACUAAUAAGUCUUAGGAUACUAGGUAAGAUAAUUGCCUACGUUCCGACAUUUCAUUUCUUUUUCGUUUUAUUUCUCAUUUAUUCCAUUUUUUCAUCUUUCUGCAGGUCGUAUUCUUACCGGAUGUUACUGGUUUUGCAUUCUUGUCUGGGUAUCAACAUAUACCGCCAACCUAGCGGCUUUUCUUACUGUCAAAAAUGCUGCCAACCCGAUUAAAAGCCUGGAAGACAUUGCGAAAACUUCCUACCAAGUUGGUGUAAUUGGAUCCUCUAGUACAGUUGACUCCUUCGAGAACACCCACUAUUUGCCGUUCGUAAAGAUUUGGCAGCGAAUAAAGGCAGAAAAAACAUUCGUCGAGAACACUUCUGAUGGAAUCCAACAAGUGAGGGAAAAACCAAACUUUGUGUUUGUCAGUGCUGGCACUACUUUUGAGUAUAUUGCCAACCACCGUCCAUGCGACCUUAUGACAGGUAUGUAAGGUCCUGGUGGAUCAAGAUGGCUUGCAUGACAGGACAAGCCUUGCCCAUUGGUUAUUAGCCGGGACAAAUUUACUUUCUUCGUGACAGUGAUAGUGAAAUUUAAUCGCCAAAGUAGAAAUACUCUUGCCUUUUUUUCCGGAACAAUUUCUGAAAGUUUUUUAUCAUUACUUAUUCAAUAACCAGAAAUAGUUCGAACUCAAAAACCGGAAAAUAGGCCACAAUGUUGCUAAAGUUCCCUUCUUGAGGUGGGGCGUAAAGGACGUGCGAAUACCGAAAACCCGUACAGAAAUACGUAUAAACACCGUACAGAAUAACACAAGAAAACCGCAAACAGCAUUGAAAUCACCCGAAAAUUUCUAAAUACCGCAAACAGCCUGGUUUUGUAAAACGGCAAUAUGGCAACGUAAAAUAAAAUUUCCGCAAAACCGCACCAAAAAUCGAGCAAAACCGCAUCACCGCAAACCCUUUAGCGCCCCCUUUUCUGCGGAAGCAUGUGUAUUGAUGUGUAUUCCAAACUGGAAAGGUUUUGUAACCUUGAAGGGGCUAUUUUAAAAGGAUAUUGCUGUUUAUGUCAAUUCUCUGCUAAGGUUGUGCCUUUACUCAUUGAAAUGAUCGUAUAGAGUUAUUUGAAGAAGAUAUAAUAAUCAAACAAAUUCCAUCAGGGAGCAAUAACCAGUAUAAUAUUUUUUUGAUGAUGUUUGCAAGCAUAGUAUUAAAACUCAGUGAAAAUGUUGGGCCAAUUUUUUCAAGUUUCAAUCCAUGUCCAUCCUUGCCAUCCGUGGCAACAAAAAACAGGAAACAGUUUCAAUGGCUAAAUAUAGCCUUAAAAAACAAAACUGGACCAUUAUUUUUUAAAUUAAAUUGAAGCGAAGACAGCAAAUAGGGUUGAUAUAGCCCUUUAAACGGGAUGAAAUGUUCAUUUGGGAAAACUCCGGCAUCUGGGUAUCAGAAGCCGAAAAAAACCUCGGUUAACCGGGUUAAUCCUCUCUCAAGAAGGAUACACUGAAGUUUUACAUAGGUGAGGUAAGAUCAUCGUCAACCGAUACAGCCAAAUAGGCCGGGCAAACAGCCUAUCAGGGAUUUUUUGCGCUUUAUUUGAAGAGUGGUAUCUCCAUUAGAUAGCGCUUUCCAAAACUCAGGCCUGUCGGUCGAACCAAGGCCAUACCAGUGAUUUUGAAAAUGAAAUAGGCUUUUUACAAGAGUUUUUGAUGAAAAAAAUCAUCUCUUUCUUGCAUACUAGAACUCAGGAUUUGACUAAUCUGGCUGGAUCGUUUUGAUUAAAGGUGAAAUUUUCAUUACGACGGGAGUUGUCUGGCUGGUCGACAAUAAUGGAAAGCGCCCUUAGUUAUACGCUCAAACAGUCGUUAUUGCUUGAUCUGAAUCCUAUGGUUGAGAGAAUUUCCAAAACAGUAUGACAAAUAAGCUUCAUUUUCCAUCCAGUUCCAGGUCUCAGUAGAGCCAAGGGACUUGCGCUCGGUUUUCCAGCUUAUGAUCCACAUACUAUGGAUUUUACUCUAGCCAUUUUGCGUCUUCAUGAAAAUGACUUCCUGGAUAAGCUGAAGCGAAAGUGGUGGGACAUGGCCAAUGAAUGUCCCGAAGAACAGGAAACAAGUGAG